CCCUUGGCCUCGGCUUAGGUUCAAAUAGAAGAACAUCCACUCAUCUACCUGAUAUUCAUUCUUAAUAAGACUAAUUCACAUCACUACCAUCAUGAGUCAAAAGUCUUCAUACCAUUCACCUCUAGACGUCACCGAGCCCAAGAUGGAUCUUCAAUGGCAGAGCUCGUCGCCUGCGCCAUAUAAUACUGCUUCAGACGAUCCGCGUUCGUCCUCUUCCCAAUCUUUACUCCCAUCACCAUCAGAGCAGAAUGACUCCGGGCGCCGGAAACUUCUGGUCAUAUAUAUCCAUGGUUUCAUGGGUAACGACUCUUCCUUUCAAUCAUUUCCAGCCCAUGUACAUCGCUACCUCAAGCUAGCACUUGUUGAGACUCAUGUUAUUCAUACCAAGAUUUACCCAAGAUACAAGACCUAUAAAACCAUCGAUGUAGCUCGUGAUAACUUUAGCCAAUGGCUGGCCCCUCAUGAAUCGCCUACUACUGACGUGGUGCUUCUCGGUCACUCCAUGGGAGGAAUGUUAGCUGCUGAUAUUGCCUUGAUGCCGUCGAGGGAUCAAUAUCGUAUUGGAUACUUCCUCCAUCGUAUCCUAGGGACAGUGCAUUUAGAUGUGCCCCUCCUUGGGCUUCAUCCUGGUAUUAUCACAGCCGGCAUUGCCAGCUUGUUUCGGCCAAAACCAGAGAAGCCAGACAGACCAGACCCAGCCAACGUACCAGAAGAUCUGAUACCAGAGGAUGAAUCAGCUGUGCCCAUAUCUAACAUCACUUCAGCAAGUACUUCAAUAUACUCUGAUCCGUCGGGCGCCUCUCUGGUUUCGUCGCACUCUUCGAGUUCACCAGGGAUUCGUGGACGGCAUGGUAUAACGUUCGAUCCAAAUUUCAACCCAUCGUUCACCAACGACGUCCGUUUACAAGACAGGGGUUGGUGGAGGAACAUUGUACACUUUGUUGAGAAGCAUAAUUCAGAGGGUCUUGUAGAUGCUGCCACUAACCACAUCAUGUCGCAUAUGGAAUUUGGAGGCUGCCUUAUAGAUAUCAAUGGUCUAAAGACGCGCUACGAAAAUAUUCGUAAGCUAGAAGAUGUUGACGACAUAAAGCACCACGGCUUCCCUCACGUACCUCCCCAAAUUCGAUUUACUCAAUACUACACCGUGUGCCACGGGUAUCCUAAGAAGCCCAAAGCCCAGAAUUCUGAUAACAGACCAGAAAACAGACCAGAAACCCCUGAGGUACCAAACAGUAUACAUUCGGCGCCCUCAACACCACAGGUUUCAAUUCAGAAUCAUAACAGCCCUUCAAGUAAACACAUCCUGACAAACGCCGCUUCUGAAGAGGAAUAUUGUGAUGCGGACGGCGAGGGUCCAGGUUUGCAGCUACUUGACCCAGAACCAAUCUCUGAAGAUCCCGAACCAAUGCCUGAAUCCAGUUUAUCUCAACAGUCGCUAGAGGACUCUAAGAGCAAAUCUUUAGAACCUUGCCUAGUUGACGUUGAGCCUUCUGGUAGUGGAGAUAACACAGACACGAAUCCCCAACAAAGCCAGGACCAUCACCUUUCUAAAGAAUUCUCGGAGACUCAUGACACGGUUGGGACCACCAAUCUCAGCGACUCCAUAGCAGCUUUAGGUCUUGAUCUCCCAGCGAUCCCAGAACUUCCUCAAGAACCUGAACCCCCAAAUUUAGAACAGUAUACGGAUAAAGAUACCCGGAAACAGGCCGAAAGAGAGGCGAAGCGUGCACAGAAAGAUUACGCUAAGCUCGUAAAGGAGCGAGAGAGGACAAUCAAAGAGAGACAGAAGAUUUUCGAUAAGAGAAAAAAGAAACUGGCACAAGAGACAGAGAAGCGAGAGAAGGAAGAACAGAAACGGCGCAAGAAAGAAGAGGCCAUGGCUGCCGCAUCAAAACCCCCAACUUUAGAAGAGGCUACGUCGAAACAUGCACCUCAUCCCCUAACUUUACAGGAAUCGAGAAGUUCAGAUCAUGACAUUGCAUCGCCUCUACCGAGUCCGUCGGGGAAAUCGCAAAACAAGACCAAACCUGUCAAGCAACCAAAGGAACGAAAGUUCUGCAACACACCACCAAUGGUAAAUGGCCAAAUGGAUCCGAAAUGGGUCAAGAUCUUCAUGAAAGACACAGAUCAAGUCGGCGCGCAUACAGGUCUAUUCUUCAGAGGCGAACACUACGAAAGACUCGUCGGUGAUGUCGGUCAAACUAUCGUCAGCUGGGUUCAGGAUGACAUGACUAAAAAGGCUGUUUUGGAAAUGGGCUGAAAGAUGUGAGAUCGAUACCCUCUCUCUCGAAGCGCAACUAGUCUUGUGAUGAGACAAUAUACCUAUAGACA